AUGGAUAAAGUGAACAUGUCCGUUGCCAUCUUGCCUAUGGCAGAGCAGAUGGGCUGGGAUUCGGCCGAUGAAGGCGUGAUACAGAGCUCCAUAUUUUGGGGCUAUGCCGCAACCCAGAUUAUUGGUGGCUUUCUAGCGACGCGAUAUGGCGGCAAGCGAGUGCUCCUGUUCGCCGUGACGCUUUGGUCCUGCGCAACGAUGCUGGCACCACUGGCUGCCAAUGUCUCCACGCAGGUGUUCAUCGCAAGCCGUGUUCUUGUUGGGAUAGGCGAAGGCUUGGCUCCUGCUGCUGGCCUUCGGAUGGUGGCCACUUGGGUACCGGAAUCCGAGCGCAGCCGGGCGGUUUCGACGCUGGGCAGUGGAAAGACGACUGGUUCGAUUGCCGGCUUGUUACUGGCUCCCGUCGUCAUUGGUGGUUUUGGCUGGCAGGCCAUGUUCUAUUCUUUUGGAUUCCUGGGCCUGCUUUGGGCCUGGAUCUGGCUGGUCAAGGGCAAAGACCGGGAGGGGAGUGCGACCGUGGAAAAUGACGAGCCCAUCCCCUGGCUGUCCAUCCUCAGUACGCCGCAGCUUUGGGGCGUGGUUGUGGCGCAUUUCUGUCAUGACUGGGGUGGAUAUGCACUGCUAACGUGGACCCCAACCUAUCUGAACCAAGCCCUCGGAUACAAUUUGGAAGGCAGUAGCGAGAUCACCGUCAUCCCCAGUGUUUGUGCUGUUGCUGUGGCGGCAGGGAGCGGGAUCUUGGCCGACAAUCUCCAUGGCAAUGGCAUGGACCUCACAUCGGUCCGGAAGCUCUUCCAAAGUGUGGGCUUCUUCAUUCCUUGCCUGAUGCUUGGGUUGUUAGCCACCACUGGGAAUGUGGAGCCAGGGUCGCUCAUGCCCAUCGUGUUGCUUACCUUCGGCAUCGCAUCUGGUGCUUGUUCGUAUGCUGGUCUCUACUCCAGCCAUGCUGACUUGAGCGCGAAGUACAGUGCUCUGGUCAAUGCAAUCUCGACCACAUUCGGAGCGUUGGCGGGUGUAUGUUCGAAUGCUUAUGCCGGCUACAUGCUCAAAGCAACCGGAUCGUGGUCGCAAGCAAUUUUCUUGCCAUCCAUAGCUCUCUAUGUUGUAGGAUGGGCAGUGUACACGUUGCUUUAUGAUGCAACGCCUGUAGAUUGGGAUGCGCAGGAUGAGAAAUAG